CACACGGUUCCUCAUCCGGCUAGACGAAGUGAAUUACGCGAUGCAAUAGCGGCAGCAGCACACAGCAGAGCAGCUUCAAACGAUCACCCAGUCCGCCGCUCAGGCCCGAUAGACAGCGACUUGUCCUCGGAUCGGGACGUGUCAUCAGACCCCAAUUUGUAUUUUUUUUCCACCUUUGGCUUUUCUCAUACAAUGAGUGCACUGGUACAUCAUCUGCGUGGUGCGGCCGAUUUGGGAUUAAGAAGGCGCGUCCAAUUCUCCCAGAGAAAAUGAGAACGACGGUGAUGAGGCACGACAGACUGAAGAGCGCCCGCCUCUGUCGGUGGGUCACCAGGCAGACAGGUUAGCAUUAGCAGCCCAGUUACGUAGCUAACGGAACCAGCCCAUCGUUCUGUGUGGGCAGCAAAGCUUUCAACUCCGUAAGCCAUCAUGACAGCACGCUAAACUCGUGUGCGGAUUUAUUUAUUUUUGCCUCAGCACACGUCUCUUCCCGAUUGAUACCUGAUUGGUGAUGACUCUGCUCACCAAACAGUCCUUCACUAUGGGACCGCUUCCUCGCUUGUUGUUGAGAUUUGGAAUCACAAGCAUGAGAUAAUAAAGUCAAACAGCUGCAAGAAACAACACCCACGGUCCUCUUGAGGCCGCCACUGCCCUCCCUCCCACCUCACUCCUUCUUGUCCUGUUGCAUUUAGCCCCUCAGUAGCCCUCAUCAUGACAACGCCGACGCUUUUACCACUCUCUGGGCGCCGUAUACCGACGCUAUCGCCAGGCGCAUCCUCCUUCUCGCACCACCGCGCCACCUUGAGGCUCUCAGAAAAAUUCAUCUUGCUGCUCAUCCUCAGUGCCUUCAUCACUCUGUGCUUCGGGGCCUUCUUCUUCCUGCCUGACAACUCCAAGCACAAGCGCUUUGACCUGGGCUUGGAGGAUGUGCUCAUCCCGCACAUUAACUUGCCUAAAGAGGACAAGCAUGCUUCGGGACAGGUGAUCAUACAUGGUCAGGGAGGACAUGAUGAGCAUAGACACAGGGAAGACGAGGAGAGCCUCCGGAGCAAGAUUCGUGCCGACCAUGAGCGGGCACUGCAGGAGGCUAAGGAAAAGCUACGGAAAUCACGUGAGGAACAAGAGACUGAGAUCCAGACGGAGAAGAUCAAGGUGUUAGAGGACCUGAAGAAAAAGAAUGCAGGACCAAAGCCCUUGCCACCUGUGCCCAUGCCGAAGGUGGUGGGUGUUGGUGAUGGUGAGCCCAUCGAGCCUGAAGUCAAACAGAAACGGAACAAGAUUCGAGAGAUGAUGAAGCAUGCAUGGGACAGCUACCGUCAAUACGGCUGGGGUCACAACGAACUCAAGCCUCUUGCCAAGAAAGGACAUUCUACAAAUAUUUUUGGUAAUUCUCAGCUCGGAGCAUCCAUCGUCGACGCCUUGGACACACUGUACAUCAUGGGUAUGCACGAAGAGUUCAAGGAUGGUCAGGAGUGGAUUGAGCAGAAUCUGGACUUCAGUGUGAAUGCUGAGGUAUCAGUAUUUGAGGUCAACAUUCGAUUCAUUGGAGGCCUUCUGGCAGCCUACUACCUCUCUGGACAAGAGAUGUUCAAGUUAAAGGCUUUACAGCUUGCAGAGAAGCUCCUCCCUGCCUUCAAUACCCCAACAGGGAUCCCAUGGGCCAUGGUCAAUCUGAAGAGUGGUGUUGGUCGUAAUUGGGGUUGGGCAUCAGCUGGCAGCAGCAUCCUAGCAGAAUUCGGAACGCUGCACAUGGAAUUUGUUCACCUCACAUACCUGACAGGAAACCCGGUUUACUACCAAAAGGUAAUGCACAUCCGAAAGCUACUAGCCAAAAUGGAUCGACCAAAUGGGCUCUAUCCAAACUACCUGAAUCCUCGUACUGGUCGCUGGGGCCAACAUCACACUUCAGUUGGUGGGCUGGGGGACAGCUUUUAUGAGUACCUUCUUAAGGCAUGGCUCAUGUCAGACAAAACGGACACAGAAGCACGCAAGACGUACGACGAUGCCAUUGAGGCGAUCGAGCGACACCUGAUCCGCAAGUCCAACGGUGGCCUGACGUUCAUUGGUGAAUGGAAGAAUGGCCACCUGGAGAGGAAGAUGGGCCACUUAGCAUGCUUUACCGGGGGCAUGUUCGCACUGGGUGCAGACGGCUCCCCCGAUGACAAGGCGGGCCACUGGCUGCAGCUGGGCGCAGAGAUCGCACACACCUGCCAUGAAUCCUAUGACAGGACUGUGGUGAAGCUGGGCCCAGAGGCCUUCAAGUUCGAUAGUGGCCUAGAGGCAGUGGCCGUGCGGCAGAACGAGAAAUACUACAUCCUGCGCCCCGAGGUCAUCGAAACUUAUUGGUACAUGUGGAGGUUCACCCACGACCCCAAGUAUCGGCAGUGGGGCUGGGAAGCAGCACAGGCCAUUGAUAAAUACUGCAGGGUAAGUGGAGGCUUUUCGGGUGUGAAGGACGUCUACUCAUCAAAUCCAGCCUAUGAUGAUGUGCAACAGAGCUUCUUUUUGGCUGAGACACUCAAGUAUCUGUACCUGCUGUUCUCCAGCGACGACCUGAUGCCAUUGGAAAGUUGGGUCUUCAACACUGAGGCCCACCCACUUCCUGUGCUCCACUUGGGUAACGUCACCCUGCCGGGCAGCGAGCCAGCUGAGCAGUGAAGGGUGCUGCCCGCCUGCCCCCCUGCCCAACACUCCCAUCAACAAACACUGGACUGAUUGUUAUCAGGUUCUUCAGAUGUGGACCGUAUCGGAGCAUCUGAGAAUUCCCUCAGAAUGCUGGUGCUCCAGAGUGGACCUUUUUUUUUUUUUUUUUUUUUUUUUUUUUUUUUUUUUUAAUGGGGCAAUUUUUGGCAGUUGUGUGACCAAACUCUUUAUCUUUCUUUGUUUAAUAGGGACACACCAUUUGAAUCGAAACUCUUACUUUCAUGCCGCAAUCUUUUUGGACAUGUGCGGAUCCUUCAGAGCGGACAACUGACUUGCGUCGUCAUCAGUCCAUCUUAAAAUAUCACCCUGCCAAAUGGAUGCUGCUUUUUGAUUCCUCCUUCUCAGUUUUUGUUCCAUUGUGAGCUCGUGCCCUCUUUUCCCAUAUUGUGUGCUUCAUUUGUAGUAUCCACGGACAACACAAACCCAAUGAAGAGCGUAUUCAGUCGCACAAUUAUCUGACUCAUUGGCCGCUGCCUUCAUUCAUCACAUACUAUACAUUCUAUACUCCCAUCACCUCCUGCCUUUUUCAUUCAGUAGUUUUUGGCUAUCAUCAGCAUUCUGAAAUGAAGUAAAUCUAAUUUUAUCCCACAGUCUUCAUUUCCUGGAUUUUGUGGUAAAUUGUUCAAGUUGUCUUGUUCAAGGGUCUUUAACCAUCAUUCUUGACUUUUUUUCUAUGAAGUAAUUCUGAAGACUAAGUUUCUAAGAAGACUUGUUUCAGUGAAUCAAAACAUUUGGCGACAAAAGCUGACAAUGGAAUAAAAUUUCACAAUUGUCUAAUCUGCACAGUCAGUGACAGCUGAAACCAAAUUUGACCGCAUUGAUAAUGUAUGGAUCAUAAUAGCAAAACAUUUUCCUGAUUGCAUGAAGUCUUUGAGGUAAACUUAUUCAAAUGUUGCGCCGAUUUAUUGAGUAACUAACGACAAUCACAAUGUCAUGAUUUUUCACUUUUCUCAAAUUGUCAAAAGAUAUUUUGUUUAGUAAGGUGUUUUGGCAAAAACUUUCUUGAAGCUGAAUUUGGAAACUAUUCAGGAAAAAACACGACUGUGGAUUUGUUUAGUUCAAAUGUUUAUCAGUCAAACUCGGUGAUGGUUGUCUACAGAUGAGUCUUGAAUUGCACGUGACCACGACUUCAGUUUUUGUGAGUUACAUUGUUUUAUUAAGUAAGCCUUUUUGUCUAACUUGACACAUUUGUGCCAUUACUGUGCUUUUUUACUUUCAGACGUGAUUUUUUUUCUGCUUGAAAAGUUUAAAACUAUGAAGUGAAACAGACGCCAGACUGAAACGAUGAAAUUAUUACUAUUUAAAUAAAAACGAACUCUUCUGAAUGUGAGUUUUUAAUGCAGACUGAAUCGAGCCGUCUUGUGACUAAUAAAAUGAAAUAAAGUACACGUUGUUUUUCCACAUA